AUGCGAGGUGUUUCUCGAGUCAAGACCAUCAAUUUCCUGAAGGCAGAACAGGGCAUCGUAUCAGGAGCACGCCUGGCGGUACUCAAGGGACAGCUCACUGCAAAAUUCAUCCCCAAGGAAAAGAAGCAUGGAAACGCCCAAAGAAGGAUGUUCGCAUCCUUCACGGCAAUCACCGAUGGACAGCUGCAGGACGUGGCGCUUUUGGGAACUAAAGCAGUGGGGGAUGAUGAAGAUGGAUAUUGUUGGGACUUCAAUUCUUCACGCUAA